AUGAAGCGAUUCGAGGAACUUGUGCGGGCUGGGGCCACAGCACUACCCCGGCUGGCCGUUGAGCCCAGAGGCCUGGAGGCUGGCCGAGGCGCUGUCUCGCCUACUCCAAGAGGCGGCCGACGCAGCGGGCCGACGGCCCAGGAAGAACGCGAGAGGCACCCCAUGGUGGAACGAUCAGUGCGGCACGGCAGAGGUCCAGACUGCCCGGCGGGAGCUGCGCCGGGCGGCGACCAGGUCUUCGAGACCCAGACGGAAAAGGCAAACGCGCUCCGAGUCGAGAUCCUAGAAAGGCGCGGGGCCGCGGACGACAUCCGGACCCCUGGGCCCCAGAGGUGCUGGCCCCAGGAGGACUCUCGACUGCAGCGUCACGCUCGCGGAUGCGGCAUGCGCCUGCACCUCUACGGGCAACACCUCCCGGGGAUCGACGGCAUCACGGUCCGAAUGCUGCGUCGCGUCUGGAACCACAUCGGCGAGGCGGGCGCCUUUGACACGGUUCUGCGGAACCGGCUCCUCCUACGCCUACGGAACAGGGCUGGCCAACAAACCUGGUCCGGUGGGCAGGCUGCUAUGGAGCAGAGAUCGGCCAGAAUACGGCUCGAGGAUAUAACGACGCCGACAACCCCCCUGACGUGCGGGCUGCCACAGGGCUCCCCGGCCUCCCCGAUUCUCUUCCUCCUCUAUACAGUGCCCAUCUACUCGAUAGGGGAACCGAACUCGCGCUUCGGCUACGCAGAUGACGUGGCCACCUGA